UCUGAGUGCUGGCAUCGCAUGUAAACAUUCACCAUGAUGGACCUGUUCACUUUUGAGAGGGAGAACCGCGAGCGUAUCCAGGCAGUGGAGAACUCAUUCGGCCCAGCAGGGGGAGCUCUGUCCAAACCGGGUCGGGUUCUGAUGGGUCAGGGCCGUCUGGUAAAGCAGGGUCGUCGGAAACCUCAGCCGAAAGAUUUCUUCCUCUUCAAUGACGUCUUGGUGUACGGCAGCAUCAUCCUGAAUGGACGCUGGCACAAAAAUCAGAAAAUCAUCCCUCUAGAGGGCAUUCAACUGGAGGACGUAGAGGACAGUGACAGACUGAGAAACCAGUGGCUGAUCCGCACACAAUGCAAGUCCUUUUUUGUGUCCGCCUCUUCUUACGAAGAGAAGCGAGCCUGGAUCGACCACAUCGAAGAGUGCCGGUCAAACCUGACGCAGGGCGGCAGCAGCCAACCCGGUGUCAGCUUUGCUGUCACCUGGAUCCCCGACCAGGCCGCCUUCAAAUGCAUGCGCUGCUUCAAAAAGUUCACUCCCACCAAACGUCGACACCACUGCCGAAAAUGUGGCUUUUUGGUCUGUAAUUCGUGCUCUAAGGAGCGAGCGGUGAUCGACCACAUCCACCCCACCAAGCAGUUGAGGGUCUGCACCUACUGCCACAAGAGGACUGACGACGAUGAGAAGUCUCGCGUGAGAGGAGACAGCACCGGAAAGAACAGCUCAGAGGAGGACUGUGACGCAGCAUCCAGUGAUGAAGAGGGAGAGGAGGUCAAGCAGAUAUACACUUCCAGCAGCUGGCUGGACUCGCGGAUGGGCACCUGGGGACACAUGGGCUACGUUUACCCGAGACCAAUGAGUCAGCGGCCGCAGUCUCAGGACUGCUACAGUGUCUCAGAAGAAAAUGAUGUUCACCAUCUCUGAGCAUCAAAGACACAAAGCUGAUCCAGUUAAACUUAACACAAGCGGGUUAGAGGUCAACCUAGAAAAUCCUUAAAAAAGAGAUCGUAUAUAAUAUUUGCACCUACUUACUACUUAAUAUCUGCACUUUUUACACCUUUUUUGAUGAUGGAAACACUUGGACUCAUAAAGCACUUUUAUCUUACAGUGUAAUUUUUUGUGUAAGAGGAUGAUAAGAAGAACCGUUUAUUUAGGCUUUGGUGUGUGUCACUGUUUACACGUAAAAAAGAAACAUUGCACUCAGUAUCUGCACUAACAUUUUUAAAAAAUCUUAAAAACAAUAAAGCACUGAAACAGGUCAGAGAUCUGUGUCUUUUUUGACAAAUUUGGUUAUUGAGAGCCAUGUUGGAUG